GAGGCGCUCGCCGCGCGCGCACUCACACCCGAGCAUCCCGAAGGGUAUUUAAGGCUCGCAGCCGCAGGGGCCGCGGAGAGACCGUGGGCAGCGGCAGCUCGGGCCCUUUGGCUCUCCUCUUGCCUGACCGCCCUCUGGCGCCCCUCUCGUGGUCUCUCGGCCUCCCAGCCUCCAGCCCAGUCCAGGUGGGAAGCAAGCCGGCGUGCGGAAAGACACCAAAUAGGUGGAAAUAAGGCCAAGUAGUGGGAACGCAACAGGUCCGCGCUCCGCGGCGGGGCGAGCGGCAGCCCCUCAUCCGCUGUCCCUCGGACCCCGCGCGGCCGCUCCCGGGGACCUCGGAGGAGGUGUCCGGUGGACUUCCUUUCGGUUUUGACGCGGUCCCCCGACGGAGGUGCUCUUCACGCCUUUCUGGGAGGAGGGAGGCAGGCGGAGGAUGGUCCUCGCCCGCUGGUCCGGACGCUGAGGCACGCCGAGGUCCCUCUCCGCGUCCCGCUCCCGCGCCAACUAGUUGUGCAGCCACCGGGACUGAACUUCGGAGGACUCUCCCCGUUUAUUUCUUUUUACAAUUAUUGGAGGUGGUCGAGGGUGGAAGGUGAAGCUGAGGCAGCCGACCCCGCCACGAUGCUGGUGAAGAAGCACACGGGGAAAGGAGGAGGCCGGGAGCCCGGACCGGCGGACGCGAGCCCCGCGGGGCAGCGCUGCGCUGCGGCUGGACCCCAGUGCGCGGCCUUGGCAGCCCUCCUGUCAGUGGUGGCCAUCCUGUCUUGUCUGUACCUGGGGGUGAAAACCAAUGACCUCCAGGCGCGGAUAGCCGCUCUGGAAUCGGCGAAAGGGGCCCCUUCCAUUCCUCUGCUGUCUGAUACCGAGGAUCAGCUCAAGGCCAUGGUGCAGGAGAAAGUGGAGCGCCUUCUGGCUCAGAAAUCCUAUGAACAUAUGGCUAAAAUAAGAAUUGCAAGAGAAGCACCUUCAGAAUGCAACUGCCCAGCAGGCCCUCCAGGGAAACGAGGUAAGAGGGGCCGAAGAGGAGACUCUGGUCCUCCUGGUCAGCCUGGUCCUCAGGGCCCUCCUGGUCCAAAAGGUGAUAAGGGAGAACAAGGUGAUCAAGGGCCUCGGGGUCUGCCAGGCUUCCCCACAGUCGCUGCCCUGCACAGUAAUCAGAUCCUCACCGUCAAGGGUGACCAAGGACAAGCAGGGCCUCCAGGACCCCCAGGCCCUCCAGGCCCAAGAGGGCCACCUGGGGACACAGGGAAAGAUGGUCCCCGUGGAAUGCCUGGAGUACCCGGUGAACCAGGGAAACCAGGAGAACAAGGCUUGAUGGGUCCUCUGGGGCCUCCAGGACAAAAGGGUUCAGUUGGAGCACCUGGAAUUCCAGGAACAAAUGGACAAAAGGGUGAGCCUGGGUUGCCUGGAGCAGUGGGACAGAAUGGAAUACCAGGGCCAAAGGGAGAACCUGGAGAACAAGGAGAAAAGGGAGAUGCUGGAGAGAAUGGCCCCAAAGGUGAUACAGGCGAAAAGGGUGACCCUGGAUCAUCUGCUGCAGGAAUCAAGGGAGAACCUGGAGAAUCUGGUCGUCCAGGGCAAAAGGGUGAACCAGGGCUUCCUGGGCUUCCUGGACUUCCGGGGAUAAAGGGAGAACCAGGUUUCAUUGGUCCUCAGGGGGAACCAGGCUUACCAGGGUUACCAGGAACCAAAGGUGAACGUGGGGAGGCAGGGCCUCCUGGAAGAGGUGAGCGAGGGGAGCCUGGAGCCCCUGGACCCAAGGGUGACCAUGGAGACAAAGGGGACUCUGGAGCUCUGGGCCCAAGAGGUCCACCCGGUCCAAAAGGGGAUCAAGGAGCCACCGAGAUCAUAGACUACAAUGGUAACCUCCAUGAAGCCUUACAGGGCCCCCCUGGACCUCCAGGACCUCAAGGACUACAAGGGCCAAAGGGAGAGCAGGGAUCUCCAGGAAUCCCAGGAGUAGAUGGAGAGCAGGGACUCAAAGGCUCAAAGGGAGACAUGGGCGACCCAGGUAUGCCAGGUGAAAAAGGAGGAAUUGGACUUCCAGGAUUACCGGGUGCCAAUGGAAUGAAAGGAGAAAAAGGAGACUCCGGAUUGCCUGGUCCUCAGGGUCCUUCUAUCAUAGGCCCACCAGGCCCACCAGGUCCCCAUGGCCCACCCGGCCCCAUGGGGCCCCAUGGACUUCCUGGACCGAAGGGUGAACCAGGGUUAAAUGGUGUUAAAGGAUUGAAGGGUGAACCAGGUCAAAAGGGUGACAGAGGACCCCUUGGUCUUCCAGGAGCAUCUGGCUUAGACGGAAAGCCAGGAUCCCGGGGUAUAGAUGGUCCUGUGGGACCCCAUGGCCCUGCUGGUCCCAAAGGAGAAAGAGGUGAAAAAGGAGCUAUGGGAGAGCCUGGACCCAGAGGGCCCUACGGCCUACCUGGCUUCCCUGGUCCACGGGGCGAGAAGGGCGACCUAGGAGAAAAGGGAGAAAAGGUGACCUCCCUGCCAGCAUGUGCCUGUGUGACUCUUCUCACGCUGUCUGCUUUGCUGCUGCACCUGUGUGAUUCCUUCUCAUGCCUAGUUCAUCCCUAUCCUGUGCUCCAAAAACCCACUGAUGCCUCAUCCGAGGAUUCAGGCCUUAGCCAAAUGAAGUCGGCAGCACUGCUGGAAAUCAGGGGACUGUCUAGCAUAGGAGAAAAAAUAUCCCCAGAUAUCCAAGCUAUAGUCUUUCAGUUACCUGAUGCCAAUUCUUUGAAAAAUAUGAUAUCCUGGGGUUAUUGAGAAAGUUUCAAAUAGCACAAAUCUGAUAUUUUGGCAGAGCCCAUCUAACACAGUAAAGCCAGCAUCUCAUUGAUUGUCACAUCAUUCCCAGUAAAGAAACAGAGAAAUGUGUCUUGGUUCUUUUUAGUGUAGGAUAAGCAGUGCAGUGGACCAAGCACAGAACAUCCAUUGCACAGGACUAGAACUUGCUGCCUUCAGAUUUGGAGCUGGAUGCUGUGGAUUAUUUACAUGAAGAUGUUUGUGUAUUUUAGGAGGUUGAUGUUGAGGCUGUAUUUUAGUGCCAUCACCUCCAGAAUAGAUAGGAGCCUUUGUUAAGCAAAGGCAAGUUUGGAUUAUAGAUUUUAAAAAUCACUUCUUCCCUUUCCUCUCCAUUAUUCUUUUCUUUAUGUCUUUUUUUUUUUCCCUCUCUACUUUGCUUGAACAUUUGACCUGAUAAUAUACCUAAAAAGAAGUUUCUUCAUUGGACAGAGCAGAUCAAGCAAACAAAAACUCAAUCCCUCAACAGACUAGUAAAAAUCUUAAAGCAGUUGAAAUUAAAUAUUUACAAUCCAAAUUUAAACCUAGUAUAUUUCUCAGAUUAGACAGAUUAGACAGCAUCCUGCUGUCUUUAACAACAUACUUUUUAAAAAAAGAUUUAUUUAUUUGAAAGUCAGAGCUACAGAGAGGGAGAGACAGAAAGAAAGAGAAAGAGAGACAGAAAGAGAGAGAGAGAUAGAGAGAGAAAAUAUUCCAUUUGCUGAUUCACUCCCCACAUGGCUGCAAUGGCCAAGGUUGAGUGAAGCCAAAGGUGGGAACCAGAAACUUCAUCCAGGUCUCCCACAUGGGCAGCAAAGGCCCAAGAACUUGGGCCAUCUUCCACUGCUUUUCCCAGGUCAUUAGCAGGGAGCUGGAUUGGAAGUGCAGCAGCCGGGUCUCGAACUGGCGCCCAUAUGGGAUGCUGGUGCUUUGGGCCAGGGCAUUAACCCACUGCGCCACAGCACCAGUCCCAGGAAAGUUGGAUUCUAAAUGUGAAAAUUAUAUAUGUAUCAUUCUUGGACAUGAGAAAUAAAAAUCAGCAAGAGCCCUCAUGUGCUCAGAUCCCCAGUGACGGAUGGUUUUCUAUUGCAUGGGUGAUCACUUCAUAUUAUAAAAUAAUGCUGGUGAAUAAUAACAUUGGUACCUUCUUAUUUGUACAGUAGUAUCUCUUCUCUUUCAAACUUGAGGUUCACUAUAAAUACUAGUGAACAAUGAUGUCCGUAGUCAUAAAAUGACUCUUUUCUAGGGACUGGUUAAUCUGAGCUGAUUUACAUUUCAAAUAAUAAAUGAAUUGAAUUCUAAAUUAAUACCCAACACACAUGGUCUCAGUCACACCUACAUGAAAAAGAGUCCAUUGCCUUCUGGGAGGGAAAAGCUCACUCAAACAAGAUUACAUCCGUUUUAUGUCAUGAUAUUGAAGUUAUUUUGCUAGGAAGGAUAUUGAUUCAUGUUGCUUACAUGAACAACUUAUACCCAAAUUUUCCUCCUGUCUCACUUCCUGUCAUGCCUGCUCUCAUUUCAUCCUGGAUUCUUGUGUCUUUAUCUUGAUCAGGAUCAAUUAAGUCACACAGACUUUCUCUACUUCCCCAGUAUUCAGGAAGGCCAAUUGUUUGAUUCUGCACCUUGUGAUGCAAUCUUUUUGGCGCACAGGAGAUAAACAAGGAGCUUUUACUCAUGCUGUUAGAGUGAACUAUUAAUUGUGAAUGUGUCUCAUAUAUUGCUGUUAUGUAUAUGUCUUUUCACCUUUGACUAUUCAUGUUGUUUGGCUUCAGCAGGUGUUCAGUGUUAUUAUAACUGCCAUCCUAUUUCAGAAUGAACACUAAUUUAAAUUUGUACUAUGUUGUAUUCCAUAUUUUGCACAGCACCAUCUCCCUGUCUCUAAAUUUGUAGAGGUACUUCUGCUAAUGUGAAACAGCUGAGGUGCAUUCCUUCCUUCUCCUCCUUUUGCCUCCUUUCCUAAAUUCCUCCAUCCCUGUGAUCCAUGCAGAUUUCCCACAGCCUUUACCUUGAUUCCUAAAUACUAAUGUCCAUGGCUACAUUCCACUAUGUAAUCAUCCUGCCUACUUCAUUUUCACUGAGUCCAAACUGUUUCCCCUCCUUGAACAGAUUUUUUUUUCAUUUUUGGCUUUUAUUACAUUGUAAGCUGGAAACUCAUUUACCACUGUAAACACCUGGCAUGAGAUCAAUAAGAGAAGUGAAUUAAAGAAGAUCCUGAGGUUUAUAAAUAAGCAUUUCUCCAAUUGGCAUUGCUGCAAAGUAUUAGCACUUUGAACAUUUGUUUACCUGGAUUAAUAAGGAGAGUAUUUGCUUUUAUUUUUGCAGAAAAGAAUGUUAAAGGAAACAGAAGCAUGCCUAAAAUACAUUGAAUAUUUUGUAAGGAGAACUUACAUGAAAUAAGUUGGCUCUGUCUCAAAGGUGUAGAAGCUGUGAAUAUCUGUUCUUGUCCUCUGGUUCAAGGUAGCUUUGAUCUGUUACAGGAUUAGUUAAAAAAAAAAAAAAACACACACAGCAAGUUGACAGGAAUUAAAAAUUGGGUGAGGCAUGCAUUGUUUGCCUGAGCUCCACCUGCCACGGAGUGGGUUCAGUACAAUUGGUGCCUGUCGCCCUCACCAGAUCCGUCACACAAGCCCUUGAUCCGCAGUGACUGUGACAGUGUGGUCCAAGUCAGCACCAGUCUGCCUUUCUGAUAUAUUAUCCUUUUGGGUCACUUUCUUUCAUCUUGCUGAGUAUCUUAAAUAGAAUCCCAUACACCUCUGCCUGCAGUCCACUGUCACUCUGAAAGGAUCUGUCAUUUGCUAUGGUAUCAUGCCUUACCUAAACCAUGAAACAGUGGUAAAUGCCCUCCCAGACUUUCCUUAGCUAAACCACCUUUUGAAUCACCUUUAUGUCCACCCCCAACCCCCAAAUAAAACCUGUCUUUCAUUUAAACCCUUGUAU